AUGGCAAAUUUCGAUCCAAUGCCAUUCUUAGCCAUGGUGAUUGUGCAAGUGGGAUACGCGGGAAUGAGCUUCAUAUCGAAGCUGGCAAUGGACGACGGGAUACACCCUUUUGUGCUCGUCACCUACCGCCAGAUCAUCGCCACCGUCGCCACCACCCCUUUCGCUCUUCUCUUGGAGAGGAAGACAAGACCGAAGAUUACAGUGCCAAUCCUGUUCCAUAUAUUUUUAUGUUCCAUCACUGGGGCUUUCAUGAACCAAGUUUUCUUUUUUGUGGGCCUGAACAAUUCAAGUCCCAUGAUCGCAGGCGCAAUGACCAAUACCCUCUUACCUGUGACAUUUGUGUUCGCCCUGAUCUUCGGACAAGAGUCCUUUGGUAUCAAGACAAAGGCAGGGCGAGCGAAAGUGAUCGGAACACUGCUAUGCGUGGGCGGAGCGAUGCUGCUCUCAUUUUACCAUGGCCACACCAUUGCAGGUAGCAACUCCGGCAUUCAUUGGAAAUAUGCCGAGGAAAUGACAAAUAAACGCUCCAUCCACAAAAGCCACUCUUUCUUGGGACCUUGCCUUCUCUUUUGCAGCACUUCUAGCUGGGCACUUUGGUUCAUCAUCCAAGCGAAAUUGAGUCCUAAAUUUCCGGCUCCGUACACUACCACAACGCUGAUGUGUCUCAUGGCCAGCAUCGAAUGUUUGAUCGUUGGUGCUGCUAGUGAGCAUAAUGUUGCUGCCUGGUCACUGAGAUCUGUGAUCCGCCUCAUUGCAGUUUUCUACGCUGGUGUUGUGUGUUCUGCGGUCGCCUUCUGUGUUAUGAUCUGGUGUGUCCACCGAAAAGGCCCGCUCUAUACCUCCGUCUUCAGCCCUUUGUUGCUCGUUAUGUCGACCCUACUGAGCUGGGCACUCCUUCGUGAGAAAUUAUAUGUCGGAACAUUGGUGGGGGCUGUGUUCAUUAUUGUCGGGCUCUACUCCGUUCUGUGGGGUAAAGGCAAGGACGCAGAGGAAGCAAGAAUCAACGACGCGGUGGAAGCAUCAGCCAAGCACCACGAGAAAGAAGACUCGGAGUCCCAGCUUCAUCUGCACGCAAACGGCGAAAGCCGGCAAGAUCCAAAGUGA